AGACCCCCCCCCCCCCCCCCCCCCCCCGGAGGAGGAACAGGUGUGUGUGACGCGGCAGCUCCUUCGUCUCCUCACUGCGUCUCCCGUCCCCAGUGAGUUUGUGAAGGAGGAGUUCAGCCGCGGGAUGCUGCGCAGUAAGACGGUGGAGGACAUCCUGACCCCGCUGAAGGACUGCUUCAUGCUGCCCAGCUCCGUCGUCCUGGACUUCUCCACCAUGUCCGACAUCAUGCAGAGCGGAUACACCCGGGUGCCCAUCUACGAGGAGGAGAGGUCCAACAUCGUGGAGAUCCUGUACGUGAAGGACUUGGCUCUGGUGGACCCGGACGACUGCACUCCCAUGACCACCAUCACCAAGUUCUACAACCACCCGCUGCACUACGUCUUCAACGACACCAAGCUGGACGCCAUGCUGGAGGAGUUCAAGAAAGGCAACUCUCACAUGGCCAUCGUCCAGAAGGUGAACAACGAGGGGGAGGGGGACCCCUUCUACGAGGUGCUGGGAUUGGUCACCCUGGAGGACGUCAUCGAGGAGAUCAUCAAGUCAGAGAUCCUGGACGAGUCCGACGGCUACCUGGAGCGGAAGGUGAAGCGUCCUCUCGCCCCGCUGGAGAUUCCUCUGGAGCCUCGCAGCGUCCACGAGGACUUUUCUCUCUUCAAGCCCCCGGAGGGAGAACCCAAGAUCAGGACGUCGCCUCAGCUGCUGCUGGCUACACACCGCUUCCUGUCCAGAGAGGUGGCUCACUUCAGCCCCGGGCGCAUGUCCGAGAAGGUCCUGUUCCACCUGCUGCGUCACCCCAGCGUCAACCAGGAGGUUCCCUUCGACCCGAACAACCGGCUGAGCGCGGCUCACUACCUGUACACGCGCAACCACCCGGUGGACUACUUCAUCCUGCUGCUGCAGGGUCGCGUGGAGGUGGAGAUCGGGAAGGAGGGGCUGAAGUUCGAGAACGGAGCGUUCACGUACUACGGCGUGUCCGCGCUGACGCUGCCCUCUUCAGUGCACCAGUCUCCUGUGUCGACCCAGUGUCUCUCUCCCAGGGAUCCCUUCGAGUCCGCCGACGCCACAAGUCCGUCCAGCUAUUGUCCCGACUACACC